CUAUUUUUAUUUCUGUUAUUCAUUGGGCGAGAGAGAGAGAGAGAGAAAGAGGAAGAGAGCGGCCGAGUUGUUUUGUAUAGAUCUGAUGACCACAAGCCGCAUGCAGAUAAAUUGACUUCACCGCUGGCUGAGUCGAGUGUAAACCGUACAUUUGUUUAAGUCUAUGUGCAGUAAACAUGGUAACCAUGGGAUGAAGGUGCUUUCCCUAAACAACAAAUUAAUUCUCCGCAGGAAUUGGACACUGUUACGUGACAACAUCGGCGCCCGGGACAAGCCCCUUCUCGGCAGACUGUUCACAGAGGGUGCUAUUAGCCAGGAUGAGCGGGCCGACAUAGAGACACGAGCAGAAAGAAGUACGCUGGAACAGAAUGAAGAGUUACUAAACGUUCUCAUACGAUCAGAUGACCAGCGGUUUGAGACUUUUAGAUCAGUGCUAGCAGAGAGCUACCCGUGGCUCACCAGCAGCUUGCAGGCUGACCAAAUCAGUGAGGAGGACAGACGUACUUAUCUCAGAGAACUGCGACAGAAGUCCUGCCUUCCAGAUAUCCCAGAAUAUUUUGUGGGCCGCGAGACCGAGGUCAACCAAAUCGUCUCGUCCUUCACCGGUGAUGGCAGGAUUCUGUAUGUCGUCCAGGGAGCAGGCGGGUUUGGUAAAACUACCAUAGCGCUGGCAGCAGGUCACAGGUUUAUGGAGAACUACGGUGCUCUUGUCAUUAUGCUAAACCUGGAUAACAUAGCAAGCGCCGAAGAUGUCGUAUUGUCCCUGGGGUCCAUUCUCAAACUUCAGCUCAUUUCCUCGGGGCGGACACUACGGCUACUGCUGUGUGACUUGGUUCAAAGGUUAAACUCCACACACGAUCCUGUCUGUGUUAUAUUUGAUGCCUGUGAGAGCGCUCUAUGUGACAAGACAAUAGAGGAGGGAUUCCUUAAAAUACUGGAGACGCUACAUCAGAGGUGCCCUAACACCGCCAUACUUUGCACCACGCGCGAGGCUCUGACCCCGAGGAACGCCACAUUGCACACACAGCAGCUGGUAGAACUGUCAGAAGAUGCCUCGGUGUCACUCCUGAACACAUACUGUACCGAGAUGAACAGCACGGACGCUGUCACACUGGCUAACAAAUGUGGUCACAUGCCGCUCAUGCUUCACGUAGUGGGGGGUCUUCUGUCACAUGGCAUGAAGCCAUCCGUCUUGAUUGACAGACUUGGAACCACGAUUGAAAAAUAUCUGAAAGUCCGAUCUUCUACUUACUCCAGCGUCCAGGCGUGUAUUGACAUGUCUUAUGAUCGCCUGGACAACCCUGAGAAGCAAGGUUUUCGGUUUCUGUCACUUUUCCCUGGCUCGUUUACUCUGGAAGACGCACAGCUCCUUUUCCAAUCAGAUGACUUGGAGGUUUUGGAUCUGUUACAGAAUCUCUGCAAACGCUCUCUCUUGAAUUUUGAUUCCAGUGAGAAAUGUUAUUCCCUCCAUGCAAUCAUACGUGCGUAUGGGUUACAAAUGCUCGUUUCUGAAGGCGACCAUGACGAGGCGCGGUGUCAGUUUAUCCUGUCUCUCGAGUCCACUGUGAAGAAACUAUUAGCCAUGUGUGACGAAAACAACAUUCAAGACGCACGACUCUUCUACAACAACCAUGCUGUGAAUCUCACGGAGGGAGCACGCCUGUUUAAAAGUUUGACAGACUCCAGUAAGGCAACCGCCCGCCAUGUUCUCUAUCUUCUCUCACGUCCACUGUUUGUAAUGGGUUAUUUUCCUUCUUUGGGGUAUUGUGAAGAUUUAUUUUCCGCCUACCAGGACGACCCACGCCCGCUGGCAGACCUCCAUUUCAGACUGGCUUACGUUAAAGCCUAUGAGGUUGAUAUAGAGGCCGCACAUCUUCACAACACGAAGGCGUUAGCUCUGUAUGAAAACAUUCCUGGCUGUGAAGCAGAUGCUGUCAGUUGUUGUUUUGAGCUGGACAGCACGCACUACCUCAGGAAAGAUUUGGCGGCCGCAUGUGGAGCUGUAGAGAAGGCAAUUCGUAUAUGUGACACCCAGGGUGACACGAGGCGGCGCAGACAGUUUGAGGUUCUGCUUCAUGCCAGACAGUUAGAGCUGACCAGAAGCAAUGAAGAUCUUCAACAAAUACAAGACGCUAUCAGGAAACUGCCACAAAUCUUCCCGGAAACGGCAUCGGAAGCCAGUGUCAUUCUAAACAAUAUUGCCUUUUCUGUGGAGAAAUGCAAGCAUCCACAAGAGGCCUUGGCUUUCUAUAAAAUGUCAUUAUCCAUGGGGGAGACCCUGUACGGAAGCACGCACUCCGAAAUGGCGAUAACACUUUACAAUACAGCACGGGUGUUACGGCAGUUGGAGAGAGACGAGGAGGCCCUGGCUCUUUAUGAAAAAUCUUUCAAAAUUCGCGAGGCGGUCCUUGGUGACCACACCACGACAGCCAAAACGCUGACUGAGAUGGCCAGUAUAUUGGCUCACCGUGGGGACCUGGACAGGUCGCUGGACAUGUACUUUGAGGCUUUGGCUAUUUGGGAACGGGUGGAGAAAGCAAACGGCGAUGGCAAGUUAGAUGGUGACAUGGGCACCACUUUGUUUGGACUGGCCGAUACAUUAAAACAUAAAGGGGAUCUAUCUACAGCGCUUAAAAUGCACCAAAGAGCGCUCAAAAUCAGGCAGCGAGGAGCUGGUGAAAGUUUAGACAGCGUAAAGUCUCUACAUGAAAUCUCAUCCAUACAACAAAGCUUGGGGUGUCUGGAAGACGCUGAGGAGGUACUUCAAAAGGCACUUGGCAUAUGUGAAAACAUUUACCAGAAGAAGCCAGACGCUACAUUGGCUGACACUCUGUUUCUCCUCGGUGAUGUGCACCAAAAGCAAGAUAACUUGCAGUUGGCUUUGAACGUUCACCAGAGGGCGCUGGACAUACGGAGACAGGUGUUUGAAGUUGGAGACAGUUCCAUACUGGAAUCUCAGCAAAUAAUAAAAAACAUUCAGUCGCAGAUUUCAGAAUCUACACCAGUCAAAAAGAUUCGAUUGACAUAAUUGCUUAAAUAAUUAAACAAUGUGAUGUAUGUACUCUUAAUAAACUAGUUCCAUCCGUUUUUAGUUUUGACUGUGCUCGCUUUUC